AUGAAAUCAGGAUUUAAAAUGGAUGGCCUUCGAUCGUGCGAUGGAAACAAACCUGGAAACACUCCUGUUUAUCUCAAUGUCUAUGAUUUGACUACUGUUAAUGGAUUUAUGUAUUGGGCUGGAGUUGGUAUUUUCCACACUGGACUUGAAGUUUAUGGAGUGGAAUAUGCAUUUGGGGCUCAUGAUUAUCCAACAAGUGGUGUGUUUGAGGUUGAGCCUAGACAGUGUCCUGGAUUUAAGUUUAGGAAGUCGAUUUUCGUGGGAACUACUAGCUUAGAUCCGUUCCAGAUUCGAGAGUUCAUGGAGAACAUGUCUGCGAAAUACAAUGGUGAUAGUUAUCACUUGAUUGUGAAAAAUUGCAAUCAUUUUUGUGAAGAUAUUAGUUACAAGCUUACAGGGAAUUCUAUACCGAAAUGGGUCAAUCGUCUUGCAAGAAUAGGUUCCUUUUGCAAUUGCAUACUCCCUGAAGCACUUAAGACUUCUACUGUUCAGCAUGAUUCGAACUUUCAAGAGAGUGAUAGUGAAAAAAAGAGACUUCGAACGGCCUUCAGUUGUUUGUCAUCGAUCUCGAUGCCACAAAUGGAAGUACCAAUGUGUUCAUUGUUUCUGCAUUCUCACUAUAAAGGUUGCUUACCGCCGUGGCAGUUGAAGAAAUCUAAAAAAGACUCACUACAGCAAAAAUGA